AUGGCAGCAAAACUAAACCUGUCGGAGUCGUCGGAUGUAGACCCGUCGUCUCUAAACGACCAAUCUGUGUCCAGCCGGAGCAGUAACAGAAGUCUGAGAGUCGCAGAAAAGGAGAGAAGGAAGAUCGAGGCGGAGGACCCGUUUGUUCUGGCCCUGAAGUACUUCUGUGACGUUGAAGCGGGUACUCCUGUGUAUGGAAAUGAUGAGGUGGAGAAUAACCUGGUGCUGGUGGAGAAGGUGGCCUACAGUAAAGGACUUUCCCCAGAGGCCAUCUCUAUUAUGCUGGAGUUUGCCAUGAGCCUCCGUAUGGGGACUACUCUGUGUGCUCGCGUGCUGAAGUGUCUGAUUCCUGCCACUGUGGUGCCACAGGAGGCCGUUGUUCGAGCGGUGGUAUGGCUGGGUGUUGGCAAAAUACCUUUAAGCACACAAGUGCUUUUCAUAAAGUGGGUGUUGACCAUAUUUGACAUGAUUGAUGCAAAGGACCAACUUCGAGCUGUCUAUGGCUUCAUCUUCAGCUUCGUCACAGAAGAAAAUCUGUGUCCUUUCAUCUGCCAUCUGUUGUACCUUUUGACCAGAAAGGAAAGUGUGCGAGUCUUCAGAGUCAGGAAGUUACUGGAGCUACAGUCUAAACUGGGAAGACAGGCGUUCCUCUUGCACCUACUAUCACUUUACAAAGUGUUUUGCCCUGAACUGGUGACGCUCUCCAUUCCAUCACGAAUGAGGAGUGGGUUUAGGAACCACAACUCCCCCUGGAAAUCAGCGUUGAUUGCUGUCCAGAAGAGGAACAGUUCCCAGGUUGCCUCCAGCAUCGGUCUGGCAUUCACAAUUAAAGAUAAGGCCACCUCUAGGAAAAGGAAACACUGCCACCUGGAAUUACCGGCAUUGAGCUCUGUAGUCAAUAAACAGGCUCAGACUGAGCAGUCCUCCAGCAGAAAGGUGGUUCCCCUGGUGCAGAUCCACUCCUUUACUCAGCUGCUGGAAAAUAUGCACCAUAUAGAGCUGCCCGCUCAGAUGGGCUCACUGCUGGGCUCCAGUCUGGCACUGCAGUACCUGGACUGUGUACAGGAUGAGUCUGCCCUCCUCCGCCUCAACUUCUGGCUAGGCUACGCUCUCCACGAAGAAUUUUUGUUCUGCAACGGUGGAGGAGCCUCCCAGAAUUCAGAAGAAGCUAUGCGGUUUUUGAACAUGUUGCUGUCUACGCAGCACUUUCUCCAGGAGGGCUUUUCCAGUUCAGAAGCUUUUCUCUACAAAUUCCUCACAGUUUGGGACGGUUCCCUCCUCCGCCCACAGAUCCUCGGCCUGCUGAGCAACAUUCCUGUCAUCCCAAGUUCACAAAUCGGACGUCUUCUGUUUGAGCCCCUCACGCAGCUCUUCUUCACAUCCUCACUGUUUUUCAAGUGUGGACUGAUGGAUUGUCUAAACAAUAUGCUGUUGAAGUGGCUGACCUGGCACUCGGUGUAUGCUCUGGAGGACGACCUGGACAUCAGCCUCAACAGCCACACCUCCAUAAACAUGACUCUGUCAGGGUUCAAGGAUUCAGUGAUGGAGCUGGUUCACUUUGUUGGUCGGCUGGCCUCUGUGGGCCUUCAGCUUGAAGGCUGCCACUCUCUCCUCCUCAGCUUCAUCAUGGACUUCUAUGAGACGGUAUGUGACACGUUCCUGAAGUAUGGGCUCCCCCUUGUGGUGAUGCCUCCUCCUGGAGUUUUUUACCCCGCCCUGCUUGCCACAGACCCUGUUAGCGUGGACAGACUGGCCUACAUCAUGUACAGGUACAAGGUGAACUUGACAUCAGCCAAGAGUCAAGAAAGACUCACGGAGCAGGCCUUUCACAUCAGCCGUCAGACGUUCCGCGAGUUCAACAGCUACGUUGUUGUCAUGGUCAACUGCCUGUGGAACUCAAAAAUGUUUCAGCCAGGCAUUCAGGGUAUACAGCUGGGAGAAGAGCUACUGCUCAAGAGCAAUGUACCACAAUACUGGACCAGCUUUGACCUCAUCCACCACCCUGCCUUCAUGAGCUACGCUGUCGACUUUCACCAGAAGUGUUGGCCAAGGAGAAAGGAGAUGGACCUCAGUUCCAUAAAGCAUUCAAAGCCAUGGAGCUGGUACCUGGAAUAUUUGUUCACUCAGGGUUAUGACGGCCUUAAACUGUUUGUUCAGAGCAACAUCAACUGGCAGCUGCCAGCAGGCGACGGGCAGGACAACAGCCUGUCCACGCAGCAACAGUAGAUGCUCAACUCAGUGGGGAGGAAAAACAACCACUUGCGUCUUACCAGUUUUUUAAAAGACUUGUACAUAUUUCAUCUCCUCGUCUCUUCCAAGGAAACUACUUGCAAGAGAUGCAAAUCUUUUUAAUGUACAUACAUGUAUGUGUGUUUAUUGUGUAUUUUUACUUAUAGUAUUGUCCAUUUAAUGAUAAUAGAUCAUAAUGCCCUGGCAGCCAUUUACCAGAAUCAGUGUCAGUAGUAGGUUUAAUAGGGAAGAUGGUGUGUUUAUUGCGGGGGGGAAAAACACCUGGAAGGGGAGCAUUGUAACGCACAUCCAUCUGUCAGGAUGGUGAGAUUAUAUCCACAUAAAUGUUGACAAGAGUAACAAAAGUUUAAUUAUUCUUUUUUUCAGUAUUUCUUUUGUUGCAGUAAACUCACUCCAUAACAUAACACACCAACCUUGAUCCAGCUACUACAUUGAAAAUGCAUUUUUCUUUAGCUUACUGUUUGUUCUUUUUUGGUAUAUUCUUGUACAGCUUACCAUCUGCAAAACCUGACCCUUGCACAUUGUUGAAAAUAAAUCAGCGUAAGACUUUUACUUUAGAAGCCAAUAAAA